AUGGCUUCCGUGUCUCCGCCUCAUAGACUGCCUCCGAAGCCGAUCCCGUUCCCAGUGAAUUCGGAAAAUGGGAAGCAGAGGCCAAACUACAUCAUAUUCAUGCCGGAUCAGCUGCGGUAUGACUCCCUAGGAUGCACGGCGGGCGGGGGGAUCCGCACUCCCAACAUUGACGCCUUUCGGCGCCGGUCCACCCUCUUCACCAACUGCUUCACCCAAGCCUCCGUGUGCUCGCAAUCGCGCUGUAGCAUGUUCACGGGCAACUACCCGCACGUGAGCGGGCACCGGAGCCUGGACAAUCUCAUCAAGCCCUGGGAGCCCAAUAUGUUCCGCAGCCUUAAGGAGAACGGCUACCACGUGGCCUGCCUGGCGCCCCGCGGCGACACAUUUGCGCCCACGGUGACGGAGCUGAGCGUGGACGAGUACGGCUUCCUGGAGUCGCCCGAGUUCGUGCCCAAGUUCGUCAGCAGCGGUGCCAAGAAGGGCGAGUCGGGCAUGGCCGCCGCCGACCAGCCCACCAUCUGGGACCGGUUGUUCUACAAGGGACUGCGCAACGCCGGCGAGGCCGUCGACUACGACGAAGCCGUCGUGCGCUCCGCCAUCACCUGGCUGGGGUGCCCGCCCGACGACAAGCCGUGGGUUCUCUUCAUGCCUCUGCUGUUCCCGCACUGCCCCUUCCAGGUCGAGGAGCCCUACUUCUCCAUGUACGACAGGUCCGAGGCCUGCAUCGCCACCGGGUUCCCCAAGCAGGCGGACAAGACAGGCCACGAGCCGAGGUACAUGCAGGUCAUCCGCGAGAGGUACGGCACCGCCCGCGCAACCGACGACAUCUGGCGCGAGGUCAAGGCCACCUACUACGGCAUGGUCUCGCGGCUGGACGACCAGUUCGGCCGCGUGAUCAAGCGCGUAGACGAGCUUGGGCUGUGGCAGGACACGGCCACUCUGUUCUUCACCGACCACGGUGAGUACCUCGGCGACUAUGGCCUGAUAGAGAAGUGGCCCUCUGGCCUGUCCGACAGUCUGACGCACGAGCCCCUUAUCAUCGGCGGUGCCGGCAUCCCAGAGGGUCGGACGGUUGAUGCGAUGACCGAAAUGGUCGACCUGGUCCCCACCCUCCUGGAGAUGUCUGGUAUCGGGGAGCACUUCCCCCACGGGGGCAAAUCUUGGGUCCCCUUGUUGAAGCAGGACGCAGAGGCAGCUCGCGAGCACAAGACAUAUGCCUUCACCGAAGGCGGCUUCCUGAAGGACGAGGAACCUCUUCUCGAACAGGCGCCCUACCCCUACGACAUCAAGUCGUCCCUGCAGCACGAAGACACGGCCCUGGUCGGUAAGGCCAUCUCGGUGCGCGAUAAGACCUGGACAUACAUCUAUCGUCUUUAUGAGGAAGCGGAGCUAUACCAUCGCCAGAAUGACCCCUAUGAGCUGCACAAUCUCGCGGCGGAUCCACAAUACAAGCACAUUGCCGAUAUGAUGCAGAGCGUCACGCUGAGGUGGCUGGUCGCGGGAACCGACUUCCUUCCUUGGCAGAACGAUCCCCGGUUCCCGAACGUCGACCUGAAGACUCCGCGUGAGCAGAUGGAGGAGAGGCUUUCCAAGAGAAAGGACCGGCCCGAGGAAGAAAAGGUGUGA